AUGGCGUAUUUCAAAGAGAUAACAGUGGAGGUGGUGGAGACACUGAGUCAUAUGCUGGAUAUAGAUCUAGAGUUCGGAAGUGAGACCCGCUGUCCCGACCCCAUCACACCUGUCCCAGCUCCUCUAGGGGACUCCCACCCUCAGACCUGCUUUCCCGGCUCCUCUCGGGGACGCCCCUCAAACUCGCCCCUGUCAGGCACUCCCCCGCCCCGAUCUGCCAUCCCGGCUGCUCUCGGAGUCCCCUCUCUUCAGACCCGCCGUCCCGACCCGUUUCGGGAACUCCCCUCAGACCCACUGUCCCGCUCCCUGUCGGGGUCCCCUAUCUUCAGACCCCCUGUCCCGGCCCCUCGCGGGGUCUCCCCCUUAGACUCUCUUGUCCCCUCCUUCUCUCGAGGUCCCUCACCCGAACCUCUGCCCCAGCCCCUCUCGGGGUCUCCUCUCCACAGUCCCGACCGUCCAACCCGCUCCCGGAACUCUCCUCACUCCGCUUCUCCCCGACCUCAUUCUGUCCAAGAUCCCCUCGCCCUGGCGCACGCUGUCACCGCCCCGCGCCCCGGUGCUCUCACCUCAGACCUGCUGUCACCACCCGGGCCCGGCGUCGCCGCUGCCGCUUCCUCUCUCACACUUGUUCCCGAGUCGCUCUUCUGCAGCUCGUCCCCUGGCGGAGCCCUUGGUCCGGUCGCUGAGUGCCCGGUCCGGCCGCGCGGAGCCUCCGCCCGCGGUCUCCGCGUCGCGUCCCACUCUCUCACGCAGGACCCCGCCGCCACCGCCGCCGCCGGGCGCCACACGGACACUCCCGCGGCCGCCGCUGCUGCUGUCCGAGUUGGCCCCGCGCCGCCCCCGGCGGGACCCCCGCCGGCGCCGGAGUAUUACCCUGAGGAGGACGAAGAGCGGGAGAGCGCCGAGGACGACGAGCGCAGCUGCCGGGGCCGCGAGUCGGACGAAGACACCGAAGAUGCUAGCGAAACUGACCUGGCAAAGCAUGAUGAAGAGGACUAUGUAGAAAUGAAAGAACAGAUGUAUCAGGAUAAACUGGCUUCUCUCAAGAGACAGUUGCAGCAGCUGCAGGAAGGUACAUUACAGGAAUAUCAGAAGAGGAUGAAAAAACUAGAUCAGCAGUAUAAAGAGAGGAUACGAAAUGCAGAACUCUUCCUCCAGCUGGAAACUGAACAAGUGGAAAGAAAUUACAUUAAAGAAAAGAAGGCAGCAGUGAAAGAAUUUGAAGACAAGAAGGUUGAGCUGAAAGAGAACUUGAUUGCUGAAUUAGAAGAAAAGAAGAAAAUGAUUGAAAAUGAAAAGCUAACUAUGGAGCUGACUGGAGAUUCUAUGGAAGUGAAACCCAUCAUGACCAGAAAGUUGCGGAGGCGACCAAACGAUCCUGUCCCCAUUCCAGACAAGAGGAGAAAACCUGCUCCUGCCCAGCUAAACUAUUUGUUAACAGAUGAACAGAUCAUGGAGGAUCUGAGAACAUUAAAUAAGCUUAAGUCACCCAAGAGACCAGCAUCCCCGUCCUCUCCCGAACACUUGCCUGCCACACCUGCAGAGUCUCCAGCGCAGAGAUUUGAAGCCCGGAUAGAAGAUGGAAAACUGUACUAUGAUAAAAGAUGGUACCACAAGAGCCAAGCCAUCUAUCUGGAGUCAAAGGACAACCAGAAACUGAGCUGUGUGAUCAGCUCUGUUGGAGCCAAUGAGAUCUGGGUGAGAAAGACAAGUGACAGCACCAAGAUGAGGAUUUACUUGGGCCAGCUUCAGCGCGGGCUCUUUGUGAUCCGCCGGAGGUCAGCGGCUUGACUUUCUACAGUGCUCUACUUCCCUUGAUCUUAUUUCUGGAGUGUUUUUUUUUUUGUUUUUGUUUUGUUUUGUUUUAUUCUUAAUAGAAAGUUUUUAACUUUGGAAUUGCUCCUUGGCCUUGGAAAAUGGAGAACACUGUUGUGGAUUCUGCAAGGCACUUUUGCGGCCAGUCACUUCCAUUUUUGUUUUAUUCUUUCUUGCCUUGACUUCUUCCAGCCACAGUCACCAUGAGACUAUACAGGAGUACUUGGAGUUUGAUUUACUUAUUUCUUUAUUUUUGGCUGUGUGUGUGUGUGUUUCUAAGUCUCCUUUGAGUUCGAAGGGAUAUCGCUUUUGAAAAUUAUCUUUAGGUCUUUUUACCAUGAGAAGAGGAGCAGAAAGGGAUAUAAUCUACAAUCAUUUUCAUGUUUUAAAUCUGGUUAGUGGAUCACAUAGCUAUGUCCCUUGUUGAGCCCGAUUCACUGUUUCCCCAGAAGCUUGGGGCAGAGGUCCUAGCAGAAGGAGAUUAAUUCUCCUGGCUCUCAGCCUUCUCAGAAAAAUAAAUGCCUUGCGUAACAUCUGGCACACGCCGUCCAUUCUACUGGCUGAACAACAGGAAAGAUAUGCCUGAGGUACUAUGUGCACUGAAGUAAUUGGGGUUGGGGGCAGGGGGCAUUUUAUAUUCGUAAUGUGCUCAAGGUACCAUAUUUUAAAUGUUAUCUAAUGCAAAUAGUUUAUUCAAACACAUUUGUUCUAUCUCAAGCUAGAAGUGGUCAUUUCAGACAUUUUCAUUUGUAAUUCAUUUCUCUCGCCUGCUCCCAAGUAGGUGAAGAGGUACCUGCCACAGGCUGGUUAUCUGGGUUAUCUAUGGAAGGCGGGGAGGUGAGAUUGAUAGUGGAAUAAUCAGUGAUCUACAGACUCUCACUCAUAAUUCAUAUUGUCCUCUUGUCACUGAUGCCAUUGCACAUUGGCCGUUCCAAACCCGUGGAACCUUGUUGUUGGCGCUGUCAGCCUCCUAGGACAUCUUCUAGGACGUCUGGCCCAGGUCAAAGACAAAGCUCUGCCAUGGCUGCCACUAAAUCUACACUCUUCCUAAUAUAUUCAGAUGAAACAGACUCCCCUUCACUCCUUGCUCCCCUUCCCUCAUUCCUAUAACUGGAGAAAUGAUUCAUUGGGUGGUAGGGAUUUUUAUGUCCUAGUUGCCACCUUACGCUCUUUUUAAAGUAUUCGGAGUUAGAGCAAGUGUUAGCGUCUCUGUAGGCAGUCAGUAGGCUUUACACAUCCUAGGAGAUCCUUGUAACUCACUCCCUCAGUCCCAAGUCAUUCCCUCAUGUUGUCUCUUGAUGUAUACACCUCAGAGUAAGUUGGGGGCUGUAAUGACAUAUGAAUCACCUCCAAAGUCCUGGCUUCAACAGAGACCAAACCAUACUGAUUCAGAGUAAAGACUUGUACAGAUAUAUUUUUGUUUUAAUUUAUAAUCUAUUUUUUCCUCAUUUUUUUCCCAUGGUGUUGGAGUCUCAUUUAGAAAACAGGAUAAAUGAUGCUGUUGAUCGAAAGUUGCCUGGGCCUUCUGUGUUUCUUCUCCGCCCUGACUCCCCCAUUCCUAGGAUGUUUACUACAGUGAACCAAGUCCACAGUCAACAGGGCCUUCACCUCUUAUUUCUUCUUGGCGGCCUUGGCUGUAAGAGAGGAUCCGUUUUGCUUCAGUUGUCACUGUGAUGUGUGUAACAUCCCAUAAUAGCAGGCAGCUAUUGGUUAUCUAGUUCUCUGUGAUGGAAAUUAUUUAGAUAUACUUAGUGUGUAUUGCCAUCGAAGGUUUUUGUUUUUACUGGUUGUCUUGUCUUCCUAACAGUACACCAAAGUUUGGGUUUUUUUUUGCUAAAGGAUUAUAUCUCUGAGCGUUGCGGGUUCAGCAUUGAAGCAGCAACAAGUUGCCUUUUUUUCUUGCCUUGUCUGGUAGCACCUUUGUGCGUUUGUGAAGUAACUGAACACCAGGGUCUGGGCACUUCAGCCUUUUCUCUGUGAAUUUGAGGGUGUUUGAGGCCAUGCUUAGGUGUGGUCUUGGCCCCAUCAUUGCCUUCUGCGCCUCAGUUGUCUCACAAUCCUUAAAAUCAUGAAAUCGUGAAAAUGGAGGAACAUGUGAAGUAGACUUGAGACACAGUACAGUAAAUUAUAUUCCUGAUCCCAGAAGAUUUUUUAUUUGGUUGCUCCAGAGAUGAAAAAUCAGCAUUUCAACCAUGGGGACAGGCCCCUGUAGCGACUAGGGGUGGAAGAGCCCCCGUCCUUAGGAGAUGGCGGAGCUUUUGUGAUGGGCGAAACUAACUAGAAAGGUGAAACACACUUUGAGAUUCCUAGAAUGAGAAGGGGCCAGCUUUAGCCCAGCUGGCCAUUCUUAUUCCAGAAGGUCUUUGUGUCUCACUAGACCCCAGGGCACCAGAUGAAUUCCCAAGUUCAAACUAUUUCCUGCAAGUGAUGCUUCGAUAUAGGUUAGUCCAGACUAUUCUGAUCCAGAACUUGUGUGUAUGUUGUUCUGACGAAGAACCUGUACAUGUGUUUCAUGUGAGGCAUUUGCCUCAAGUAUUAUACACAGUGUUUGCUACGGAUGUGUCCCAAUAUUUAUUUUACCUCCUCUUGGGAGUUUUGUGUGCCACUCUCUCUGUCCCUAAGACAGUGUCCUCUUGAAGAAUUUCCAUAUUUCUAUAGCCAUACCAAAGCCAGGAUAUUUUUCAUUUGUUUGGAUACCAGUAUUUAUGGAUGUCUAACUACCUAACGUAACUUAAUUAAAAAAAAAAACAAAAAAAAA